UAGAGAGGAAGGAGGUCCCACUUUUCGCCGAGCACGACAUGGAGAGAAAGUGAGAGGUUUUACUUCAAGUCUCCAAAGCAGCUCCCCUUCGAAGGCGCAGCGGUUUGCUGUCGGGAUCGCGACAAACAGAAAGAGAACAGAGCUGCUCUGUGUCAGGAUCGAGGAGAGAUUCAAAGGAGGGUUUCAAAGGAAACGAGACGUUGCCGGGCGGUUGCGAGCGGAGGAGGUCUGCUGCUGGUUCGCACAGGGAGAAAGCGGGGAAAACAGAGACGGCUCUGUUGCGCGGAUUUUAAUGAAAUACAGCAGCUGUCGGACACACGCCUGCAACCUCUACCUACCCCGAGUUAGAUGCGUUUGACUUUAAGAUGCGGAGCGACCCCAUACUGUUCGCCUCGAGGGCGAUGGAGGAGUUGUUGGCAGAGUUGCGGGUCUUUCUGGAGUUGUUGGACAGAGAAUAUUUAACCGCUGGAGUGAGAGAGAAGAAACAGCAAAUAUUAAACAUCCUGCACAGAGUUCUUGCCACUAGAGAGCCCUCAUGUAAGACAGAAAUACACACCUCUCUCCCGGCCCCUCCUCAGAUGCCCCUACCAGAGAUUCCUCACCCCUGGAUGCCUCCAGACAAUGGGCCUCCUCCUUUGCCGAGCUCCUCUCUUCCUGAAGGUUAUUAUGAGGAGGCCGUUCCGUUGGGCCCUGGGAAAGCACCAGAGUACAUCACCUCCAAUUAUGACUCGGAUGCCAUGAGCAGUUCAUAUGAGUCAUAUGAUGAAGAAGAGGAGGAUGGGAAGGGGCAGAAGAUGCGUCACCAAUGGCCAUCUGAGGAGGCCUCCAUGGACCUAGUGAAAGAUGCACGUAUCUGUGCAUUCCUGUUGCGAAAGAAGCGCUUUGGACAAUGGACCAAACUGCUCUGUGUCAUAAAGGAUAACAAACUGUUGUGCUACAAGUCUUCCAAAGACCAGACUCCACAGAUGGAGCUCCUCCUGUCUGGCUGCAGUAUCACACACAUUCCCAAAGAUGGCAAGAAAAAGAAGCAUGAACUGAAGAUCGUCCAUCAGGGAGCUGAUGCUCUGGUGCUUGCCGUACAGAGCAAAGAACAAGCAGAAGAGUGGCUAAAGGUGAUGAAGGAAGUCUGCUCUAAUGGAAAUGGAGUGGUGGACUGUGACGGAGCUGGCUCUGGUUCCCCUGUUCACAAAGCAGAGCUGGAAAAGAAGCUGUCCUGCGAUCGACCCAGUUCAGAUGGAGAGCCAUGUCAUGAAAAUGGCAUCUCAGAUGGCAAAGAUCCAGCCAAAGGCAAGAAGAACUCUAAAUCAGAGCAGAAAGGCACUGUGGGACGUGUGACUGGAAAGAAAAUCACUAAAAUCAUAAGCCUGGGCAAGAAAAAACCAUCUACAGAUGAACAGACCUCAUCGGCGGAGGAGGAUGUCCCAACAUGUGGCUAUCUGAACGUGCUGUCCAAUAACCGCUGGAGAGAGCGCUGGUGCCAGCUAAAAGACAACCAGCUGUUGCUGCACAAGGACCGGGCAGAUCUGAAGACACACAUGGCCUCUCUGCCGCUGCGGGGGUGUGAGGUCAUUCCAGGGCUGGACUCCAAACAUCCCUUUGCCUUCCGUCUGCUGCGCAACGGACAGGAGGUGGCUGUUCUGGAGGCCUCCUCCUCUGAGAGUAUGGGAAGGUGGCUGGGGGUCUUGCUGGCUGAAACGGGCUCCACAACAGAUCCUGCUGCACUGCACUAUGAUUACAUUGACGUCGAAACCACUGCUAAUGUCAUUCAACUGGCCAAGCAGUCGUUUUGUUUCACCAGUAAGCGUGCAGUUUCUCCAAACCCAUACCUGGAUAACCCAGUCAACGGUUACGCCUGUCCCACAGGUGUUGCUCUGCAUUAUGAUGAUGUGCCCUGCAUCAAUGGAUCGGUACCAGAUGCGCACUACUCCUCCCCAGCUUCAGGGGGCCGUCGUUGGAAAGAAGAGUCUCAUUAUGAGAAUACAGAUCUUUAUGAAAACAUGCCCUCCCCUAAACUAGCAGCCCGCUACUCUCCCAAAUCCAUCCGCUCGCAGUCAUCUUCCACAGGGCAUUACAACACACCGCUCUCCACCAAAUCUCUGUCCUCUUCCUCAGCUGCUAAUACUAACACUAACCAGUUUAAGGGAAAGAAAGGCCUGACCACCAAUGGGUUCACUUCAAAGCAGAAGUUGGAUAAGAACCAGCCCAAAAAGGCCAAUGGAAUCAGCAGCACCAUUCCGGUGAAACAGAACAACUCUAGUGUGGAUCAGUAUAAGUACGGGAAAAACAGAGUGGAGGCAGAUGCCAAGAAACUCCAAGCGAAAGAGGAGGAGCUGAUGAAGAGGAAGCAGGAAAUUCGAAACCGCCUGACUCAGCUGAAAAAAGACAGGAAGGAUCUCCGAACUGCUAUAGAGAACAACACAGGUAAGCGUUCUCAGGCGUCUUUGACAGAGAGACUUAAGAAAGUGGAGGAUGAAUGCAAACUAAAAGAGGAGGAACGAGUCAAUCUGGAACUGGAGCUGACAGAGGUGAAGGAGAGUCUGAAGAAAGCCCUGAAUGGAGGCGUCACCCUGGGCCUGACCAUUGAACCCAAAACGGGCAGCUCCAGCCCACAGUCUCCAGUGUUAAUGAGGCGAACAGUGGACAACUCGCCAAUUUCCAGCUGUGACACCAGUGACACCGAGACCUGCUCUCUGCCAGUCAACAGCGCGUCUCUGCUGCGGCGUCAGACACAACAGAAAGCCUCACCUGUGCGAGGACACGUCCUUAGGAAAGCCAAGGAAUGGGAGAUGAAGUCUGGCACAUAAGUUCUUUUCCACCAACUUUUCACUUUUCGUUGUAUCUAUUUAUUUAAUUUUGUCCAUAUAUGAGUGAUGUUGAAAUUGAAUUGACUGAACCAUAGACACACUAUUUUCUAGAAUUAAUUCUGGAAAACCUUGACUGAGUCUGGUGCCCAAUGCUGUUUUAGCACUAUCGAUGGAUCAUGAUCUGACUAUAAAGUGACUUAUAAUUCAAGCAAAUUGUCAAUUUGUCAUACAGAGGCCAACAAUAAUGCCACAACACCAAAUUUUAGUAGUUAAAAGAUAAAACAUAUACACUACCAUUCAAUAUUUUUUUAAGAAAUUGAUACUUUUAUUCAGUAAGGAUGCAUGAAAUAGAUCAAAUGUGACACUAAAAACAAUAAUUUUUAUUUCAAACAAAUCCGUUCUUUUGAACUUCAUCAAGGAAUCUUGAAAAAAGGAAUCUGACUUUUUUUUCCCACAAUUCUGAUUUUAGAUUUUAGAUAAAACAGUCAUUUUUAUUUCAAACAAAUCCGUUCUUUUGAACUUCAAGGAAUCUUGAAAAAAGGAAUCUGACUUUUUUCCCCACAGUUCUGAUUUUAGAUUUUAGAUAAAACAUUAAUUUUUAUUUCAAACAAAUGCCGGUCUUUUGAACUUUAUCUAGGAAUCUUGAAAAAAGGAAUCUGACUUUUUUUCCCCACAAUUCUGAUUUUAGAUCUUGCAAUUCUGACUUUUUCUUGCAGUUCCAUUUUUAUAUCUCUCACAACUCUGACUUUUUUCACAAUUCCGAUUUUAUAUCUUGCAAUUCUGACUUUUUUCUCACAAUUCUGAUUUUAGAUCUUGCAAUUCUGACUUUUUUCGUGCAGUUCCGAUUUAUAUCUCUCACAAUUCUGACUUUUUUCUUGCAAUUUCGAUGUUAGAUCUAGCAAUUCUGACUUUCUCGCUAUUCCUAACAAAUAUUAAGGAGCACAACUGUUUUAUAGUUUCUUGAGUGUCAAAUUAGCAUAGCAGAAUGAUAUCCGAAGAUCAUGUGACACUGAAGACUGCAGUAAUGAUGCUGAAUAUUCAGUUUUGCCAUUACUGGAAUAAAUGACAUUUUAAAAUAUAUUAAAAUAGAAAGCAGUUUUUUAAAUUGUAAUAAAAUUACACAUUGUUGCUGUUUUUCUCUAUUUCUUAUCAAAUAAAUGCAGCCUUGGUUAGCAUAAGAGACCCAAACUUUUGAAUGGUAGUGUAAGGUUAGAGUAAAGAGAAUUUUAUUA